AUGAAGACUACUUCAUCGUUUACAAAAAAGGCCAAAGAUGUCAUUGAUCCUCGCACUAAUAAAACCAUGGUGAAUGUUAUGUGGCCGCCUAAAAAUCAAGCUAAAAGAAUUCCGCUUCCUAAACGUUUACGAGAAGGCACUUUGGACUCAAUGCAAUUCUGGAUUUAUGAUGAUGCUACUGCAUCAGUAGUGAUUAAGCUGAAAAAGAACCAGUAUCUCAUUGUUGAUCCCAAAGACUUAUUGAAGUUUUGUGAAUGUUACAUCCAAACUUUGUCAAACUUUCAAAUAAUUAUUAAGAAUGAAUGGUUAGAAGCAAUCGAAAAAGCCUUCACCGGAAUGGUAGCUACCAUAAUUGAAAGGAAACUAUAG